AUGUGGUUUCUGCUCCUGUACUGCAUCCUCAUUCUCGGCAUCUGUGCAAGCUAUGUGUUCCUUGCCCGCUUGCAGGGUUUCGUAAAGGGUCACCAUCAUGAACAUGUCAGCCUUGUCCUGCUAGCAAACAUCGAGGUGGCCAUCGACUGGCUAGAUUUGUUCAAACCUCAUGUCAACAGUUCAGCUACACACCUUCAUGUCGUGGUCUAUGCGGCAGGUUACUUACAUACAACUCAGGACAGUGCGGACAUCAUCAUUCGCCGCGGGAUUGCACCCACUGACCCCCGCCUAGGAAGCAUCAACGCGCGCUCUUCUCAGACUCGACCAAUUGACUACGAACCAACCGCCCUCUUUCCCACACCUUUCGGCAAUGAGUGGGAGGAAGAUCGAACAAUACAGAAUCUCGACCUAAUGUAUCCUCCUUACCGAGUCACGUUUACGAUUUGGGCAAACAACUACGACAUCCGCGCGUCAAUGAGAUGGCGUCGGUUCAUUUAUACGGGAUGA